AUUACUAAAAAAAUUACUACAACAAAAAAAUCAAAAUCGAGUAAAAAAUUUAAGUGUUAAAUUUUUGCUGAUCAAGCAAGCAAAACUCCGUUUCUCAAACAUAAUAAAUAUAAUAAACUACAGCGUUUUGUGCGCGCGUUGUAAUUAUGGCCGCUACACCGCUGACCCUGAUGGAUGACGGCCUCGCAUCAGCAACGGUUACAGCAGAUGCCAAUGCAACUUUAGAUAGUGCUAGCGCUGUGGCCAAAACCGCGCCGUCAUCCGCCAUACGUCCAACAAUGCUUUUCGGCUCUACGGAACGUUUAGAUACAUCCGCCAGUAUGUUGGUCUCACCGCAUGGCAGCAGCGGUGCUAAUUCCGCCGCCACAUCGCCCUCAUUCCUGCCGGAGAUGCCGCAGUGGAAAAAAGACUUGAUACAACGCCGCAAAUCGAAUGUGGCACGUACGAUUGGCGCAGCUGUGUCACCGACAUCAGCGGCAUCCGCUGCAGCAAUGCAACAGCAACGCUAUUCGCUGACGGGUGGUCAACUGCAAUCGCCAACAACAGCUACAGGUCAAAAGAUUUUCAAACCUUUAGUCUCGAUGUUUUUGCGUCGAAAUCGUCUUGAAAUGACUGUUAACUUUUUUCCUGUGACUGAGACUGUGACAAACAGCAAUUAA